UUUAUCAUUUAGUCCUUCCGAACAAAGCACCAAGUAGUCAUCCUUUGCGUGUCACUUUAACACCGAGUCCCAACCUCUCUGUGCAACACAACCUUACGGUGUGUCUUGCAAGCAACAAAAACUUCUACUUCUCCCUAUCGAUCUCUCCACUUCAGAAGUCCUCUUAAAUAGCCUCAUUAGUUCAAGAAAAAAUUGCAGAUACACACACACACACACACACACACACACACCUUUCAUGGCUUCUCUGGUAUUUUCCUUCAACAGCCCUAAGUGCACUCUCUCCUCCACUGAUGAAACCCUAACGCUCAAACGCACUCACCACCCCAGCAAUCUCGACUUCAAAACCCACCACAUGCUUCUCAAGAACCAACCCUUUUUGCCAGGAACGACGGCGACGACAAAAAACUCGAGAGCACUCUUCAGAUGCUCCUCUUCUCCUUCAACCACCAUAAGCAUACACGAGCUCGACGAGACCCAAGAAACCCUAGACGUUCAGCACGAGGACGACCGGCCACUAAGCCAAGUGUGGCGAGAAGUACAGGGUUGCAACGACUGGGAAGGACUGUUAGACCCCAUGAACUCCCACGUGCGGCAAGAGAUCAUCCGGUACGGCGAGUUCGCGCAGGCAUGCUAUGACUCUUUUGACUUCGACCCGAACUCCAAGUAUUGUGGGACUUGCAAGUAUCAAGGGUCUCAUUUCUUCGAGAAACUCGACAUGAACCACUUUGGCUAUCAAAUUAGCCGGUACUUGUAUGCGACGUCGAACAUCAACCUACCCAACUUCUUCCAGCACUCGAGGCUGAGCAAGGUGUGGAGCACCUAUGCCAACUGGAUGGGGUACAUCGCUGUAGCCAGUGACGAGGAGGAGAUCCGGCGUCUCGGGAGGCGCGAUAUCGUCAUCGCAUGGCGGGGCACGGUGACCUACCUUGAGUGGAUCUAUGACCUCAAGGACAUCCUCCACCCGGCCCAUUUCAAAGACGAUCCCACGAUCAAGAUUGAGGCCGGGUUCUAUGACUUGUACACCAAGAAAGAGAAGAACUGUCAUUUCUGCUCCUUCUCCGCUCGUGAACAGAUCCUAGCGGAAGUCAAAAGGCUCCUAGAUUACUAUCGAGACGAGGAAAUUAGCAUCACUAUCACCGGCCACAGCCUCGGGUCUGCCCUGGCCAUAAUAAGCGCCUACGACAUCGCCGAGAUGGGGGUCAACGUCGUCAAUGACGGCGGCGAGAUGAAAAAAGUACCGAUCACUGUGUAUUCCUUCUCGGGGCCUCGGGUUGGGAAUCUGAAGUUCAAAGAACGGUGCGAGGAGCUCGGGGUCAAGGUCCUAAGGGUUACUAACGUUCACGACAUGGUGCCGACUGUGCCCGGGAUCAUUGCGAACGAGAAGAUGCAAUUCCAAAAGUACUUAGAGGAGGCCUUAUCGUUCCCAUGGAGUUAUGCACACGUCGGGGUUGAGCUCGCGUUGGAUCACACACACUCGCCGUUCUUGAAGUCGACUAACGACCCGAGUUGUGCGCACAACCUCGAGGCUCUCCUUCACUUGGUGGACGGUUACCACGGCAAGGAGCUCCGGUUCAGGCUGGUCACCAAGAGGGACAUUGCCCUAGUGAACAAGAGCUGCGACUUCUUGAAGGGCAAAUACGGGGUCCCGUCAUACUGGCGGCAGGACGAGAACAAAGGGAUGGUGCGGAGCAGCGACGGCCGGUGGGUGGUGCCGGAGCGACUAGUGGACGCCCACCCGCCCGACACCGCGCACCACCUCGCGCAGGUGCUGGGGGUCGCGAACCUUCCGUUGGAAGCCGCAUGAUGAUGCUUGGUCCGGCCCAUAAUUCGGUGGUGACCGCGAACAAA